AUGGCUGUAAAGCGGCGCUCUGGCCUCGUGCUCGCUGCACUGGCUGCUCUCAUGCUCUCAGGUACUUUGCUCUAUAGUGGCAGAUUCAGCACUGUACAUCAUUUUGGUAAUCUUACCCUUUCGCCUUCGUGCAUGAUCAAUUCCCGUCCCUCAUCCCUUCCCCCUUUUCCCUGUCCCCCAUUUUCCCUGUUCCCCCUUUCCCCGUUCCCCCCUUUUCCCUGUUCCCCCUUUCCCCCUGUUCCCCCUUUUCCCUGUUCCGCCUUUCCCGUUUCCCCCUUUACCCGUUUCCCCCUUUUCCCUGUUCCCCUUUUCCCUGUUCCCCCUUUUCCCCGUUCCCCCUUAUCCCCGUUUCCCCCUUUUCCCCAUUCCCCCCUUUUCCCUGUUCCCCCUUUUCCCCGUUCCCCCUUUCCCCCGUCCCCCCUUUUCCCCCGUUCCCCCUUUUCCCCGUUCCCCCUUUUCCCCAUUCCCCCUUUUCCCGGUUCCCCCUUUUCCCCGUUCCCCCUUUUCCCCGUUCCCCCUUUUCCCCGUUCCCCCUUUUCCCCGUUCCCCCUUUUCCCCGUUCCCCCUUUUCCCCGUUCCCCCUUUUCCCCGUUCCCCCUUUUCCCCGUUCCCCCUUUUCCCCGUUCCCCCUUUUCCCCGUUCCCCCUUUUCCCCGUUCCCCGUUUUCCCCGUUCCCCCUUUUCCCCAUUCCCCCCUUUCCCCGUUCCCCCCCUUUCCCCGUUCCCCCCUUUUCCCCGUUCCCCCUUUUCCCCGUUCCCCGUUUUCCCCCGUUCCCCCUUUUCCCCGUUCCCCCUUUUCCACGUUCCCCCCUUCCCCAUUCCCUGGCCUGUGCUCCCAGGGCUGCCUGUUCCAGCUGCGAUUAACAUCCGCUGA